UCCAGGUUGUUGGCCUGAGGUAGGACUAUAUAGGUUUAAAUAGUGGAAUAGGGUGGUGGGGUUGUAAUGAGUGUAGGGUUAGAUGGUGCCGUAUUUGACCUUUUUCAUGUAAAGUAUAAUGGAUUUAUACUCCAGUCUAGUUGGUGGCGGUAAUGCAACAUUUAUUGGAUGCCAACCGCCGUUAAACCUCAUCGAAGAAGAAGAAGACGAAGAACGCUAAGCAGAAUCAGAGAGGUUUCAACCAACAUUUAUUUGAUAAAGCGAAAAGCUACUUUCAUAACCAUUGCUAAUAUGUCAAAACUACAGAUGUUGAAUGUGUUUGUCACGGAGCGUUUGUCAGCGGCUGCUGUGGAGAUAUUCGGAGCCGUGGAGAAGACCGUAGCAGAGUAUCAGGAAGAAAUCUGCCGUUCCGCGGAGGAGAACGAGCGUUUACGCAGGCUGUUGGACAUGGUUAGCAAACCAGAGAUAAAGUUACACAGAGCAGACUUCCAGGUACUGACUCCCGCCGUUCACCCUGAACAGCAGAACUGUAAGCAGGAGUGGAGCCCCAGUCUGGGGCAGGAGGACCCAGAACCCACACAGAUUAAAGAGGAACAACAGGAGUUCAGACUCAGUCAGGAGGACUCACCUCAGCACUCACAUCUUUACCAAAACCAAACUGUGGAUGAUGGAGAGAGGGGUAUUCUACCUAUAAUCAUAACUGAAGAGAUCAAAACAGAACCUGAUGUAGAGGACUACAGAGUAGCAGAACCAACCAGUGAUCUGCCCCUCUCAGUUCAUCCAGACUGCUCUGCUGCAGUGGAGAAACCAUAUCGGUGUCAACAAUGUGACAAAAGCUUCACACGUAAGGGACACUUGACCAUCCAUUCAAAGAUACACACAGGAGAGAAAUCUUAUCUGUGCAAACAAUGUGACAAAAGCUUCAUCCAGAAAGGCGACUUGGACAGACAUACUAGGGUACACACAGGAGAUAAUCCAUACCAGUGCAAACAAUGUGGCAAAAUGUUUAACCAGAAGGAAGCUUGACCAUCCAUUCAAGGAUACAUACAGGGGAGAAACCUUAUCAGUGCAAAGACUGUGACAAAUCCUUCAACCAGAAGAUGGAAUUGAUAUUGCAUAUGAGAGUUCACACAGGGGAGAGACCAUAUAAUUGUCCUGUAUGCAAGAAAAGUUACAUGGCAUUAAGCUAUUUAAGACUUCAUCAGCGUGUUCACACCGGGGAGAAACCUUACCAGUGCAAAGAAUGUGGAAAAUGCUUUGGUUAUAAAGGAAGCUUGAAGUCUCAUAUGAGCACUCACACAAAAACUUCAGCCUGAAGUGAGAACAACAAAUGUUUACUCACAUGAAUUUCUUGUUACAUCCAACUUGUAAAUAAUUUGUUAUGUUCUAUUUUCUGGCAUUUGACAACUAAACAAAUGUAGUUAUGUGAGAGGAGUGAUAAAACAUCAGUCAGUAUCAGAUUCGUAAGCUCAUUUUUGCUCUCAAUUUUUUUGGAUACCUACUGGCUAGGACAAUGAGGGAAUUUGACAAUGCUGGCCCGGCUGAAAAGUGAUUGCAUCCUUUUUGAAACCAGGCUGCCUCACGGGCAUGAGCCACUCCUCCCUCACCACUUUUGCCUGGUCACAUGACAGGCCAUAGUCCAGUGCACCGCGGUUCAGCCUAAUCAAACUCCUGCACUGCACACACUUGGAUUCCUAAACAACAGGAGUUCAUAUUCAAUUGUUUAACAAUGACAUACAGGAUAUUUGGGCCACUAUCUGUACUUUUGUCUGCAUGUUAGAAUAUUGAAGUAGCCUAUUAUGUCUUUGUUGACUAUAUAAUGCAGCAAAUAUUUUGUAUGUUAAAAAUUAUUUUAAAUAAAAAAAAUGGGGGGGGUGUAGAUCUGCUUUAAUAUUGCAGACAGAUUGUGGUUUUCAAUGUAAUUGUCUGCAUCAUUUCCAAUCCCCCAUAAAUGUUUUUGUGUUUUUUUAUAUAUAUAUAUAUAUAUAUUUUUUUUAAAUAUAUUUAAUUUUAUUAUUUUCCUCUAACUCUACCAUCCCUCCCCUAAUUGUAGUAAACUAAUGAACAACAACACUUAGGCUUCUACUUCCAUCUUAUAUAUACACUAUAUACAUUUUACGGACACAGUAUAUUUUACAAUAGUUAUCUUUUGUUUGUUUUUAGUCCCUUCAGCAACCCUCAACCCCUCCCAUAUAUCUCUGAACACCAUCCAAUGUUGAUUUCUAUUUGCCAUAUGUUUUCCAACUGUACUGUUUCACAUAUGUUCUGAAACUCACACAUUUUACGGACACUGUUUAUUUUUAGUCCCACCCUUCAACUCCACUCAACCCCUCCCAUCUAUCUCUGAACACCAUCCAGUUUUGAUUUCUAUUUGCCAGACCAAAGGACAGAUUUCCACCUGUUUAAUGUCCAUUGCUCGU